ACUUACUGCCUACUACACCAGACAAAGAGCAUAUAAGCAUACAUGGCGUCGUCAGCUCCCUCCUUCCUCGGCCACUCGCGAGCUGCUCUCUCCAUGUCCUAGCCUGAGAGCAUCCCCAUCAACACAUCAACCAUAGCCAUGAAGGCGAAGAAAGCCUGCGCCGGCGGCGGCUGCGACAUCGAGGCCAGGGGCAUCAGCUACCGCAUCGCCGUCUCCACCGGCCGAUCGCGACACCAUCCUCCUCUCAAGGUCUGGAGCAGGUCCGACGACGACGCCGCCCAAGAUCACCACCAGCAGCUCAAUGGCGGCGGCGUCCGCCAGGUGCUCCGCAACGUCACUUGCCGCGCGCGCCCCGGCGAGCUGCUCGCCAUCGUCGGGCCCAGCGGCGCCGGCAAGUCGACCCUGCUCGAGAUCCUCGCCGGCCGCCUCUCCCCUUCCCCGGCGCCCGAGCUGCUCCUCCUCGACGGCACCGCCGCCACCAGCGCCGACCUCCGCCGCGUCUCCGGCUACGUCACCCAGCAGGACGUGCUCUUCCCGCUGCUGACGGUGCGCGAGACGCUGCUCUACAGCGCGCGGCUCCGCCUGGGCGCGACGCUGCCCGGAAAGGACAUGGACGCCCGCGUGGACGCGCUUCUGGACGACCUGACCCUGCGCCGCGCCGCCGCCACCAGGAUCAAGGACCUCUCCGGCGGGGAGCGCAGGCGCGUCUCCAUCGGCGUGGAGGCCGUCCACGACCCCGCGGUGCUCAUCCUGGACGAGCCCACCUCCGGCCUCGACAGUGCCUCCGCGCUCCAGAUCGUGGGCGCGCUCCGCGCCAUGGCCGAGACGCGCGGCCGGACCGUGCUGCUCAGCAUCCACCAGCCGGGCGCGCGCAUCGUCAAGAUGUUCGACUCCGUCCUCCUCCUCGCCGCUGGCUCCGUCCUCCAUCACGGCACCAUCGACGGGCUGCGCUCCCUGCUUGCCGGCGCGGGCCUCAGCCUGCCCCCGCACGUCGACGCCGUCGAGUUCUCCAUCGACUCCGUCGACGCGCUCCGCCUGCACCGCCGCCACCUCACCAGCCCACAGCAGGCGGCGCCGCCCGAUCCCCAGCCCCAUCCGGCGUCCUCCCGGGAGGGCCGGUGCACGCUGCAGCAGCUGUUCCAGCUGCACAGCAAGCAGCAGGUGGCCGACGAGGACGCCGCCAAGACCACAGCCAUGGCCAAGACGGGCAGCCGGUACGCCAACUCCCGGGCGCGCGAGGUGGCGGUGCUGUCGCAGCGCUUCUUCAAGAACGUGGCGCGGACGCGGCAGCUCUUCGCGUGCCGCACGGUGUGCAUGCUGGUGGCGGGGCUGGCGCUGGGCUCCAUCUUCUACGACCUCGGCGAGGAAAAGGUGGCGGAGCGCGUCGGCCUCUUCGCCUUCCUGCUCACCUUCCUCCUCUCCUCCACCACGGAGGCGCUGCCCAUCUUCCUGCAGGAGCGCGAAAUCCUCGCCAAGGAGACGUCGUCGGGGGCCUACCGCGUGUCCUCCUACGCGCUCGCCAACGCCGUCGUGUUCCUGCCCUUCCAGCUGGCGCUCGCCGUCGUGUUCGCCGCGCCGGUGUACUGGCUCGCGGGGCUCCGGCGCACGGCGGCGGCGUUCGGCUACUUCCUGCUGGUGGUGUGGCUCAUCCUGUACACGGCCAACUCGGUGGUGGUGUGCUUCGCAGCGGCGGCGCCGGACUUCGUGGUGGGGAACGCGGCGAUCCAGGGCGUCAUGGGCUCCUUCUUCCUCUUCUCGGGCUACUUCAUCGCGCGGUCGGCGAUGCCGGGGUGCUGGGUGUUCAUGCACUACCUGUCGCUCUUCAAGUGGCCGUUCGAGGCGCUGCUGGUCAACGAGUUCGCCGGCGGCGGGAGGUGCGUGGUGCGGGCGCUGGGCUCCUGCGUGGCCACCGGGGACGAGGUGCUGCGCCGCGAGGGCCUCGGGGAGGAGUGCCGGUGGCGCAACGUCGGCGUCAUGGUGGCCUUCAUGGCGUCCUACAGGCUGCUGGGCUACGCCGUGCUCAGGAUCAGGUGCACCCUCGCGCUCAACAGAGGGGCCAUGGCCGACAUCAGCCUCGGCCGCCGCCUCAAAAGCCAGCUAGCCAUCGUCGGCGCCGCGGCCUCGUCCUCUGCUACAACACCGUCCGUGUCACUCGCUGCUGCCAGAUGAUAAUAAGGGCUUAAUUGAACUUGUAUAAUUUCAAACCCUUCAGAUCUGUCGAAUUUUGGAUCGUUGGAUCUCAACGGACGGCUCAAAUCGCACAUUAGUGAAAUAUAUGACCUCAACCUACCCCACCCAUCCGGGGGUCCCCCGCCACCCGCGGCAGGCGGCACACCCGCCGCCGGGCCGGCUAGCUCCCGGCCAUCUCCUCUGUAAAGACGUCGGUGUAUUUAAAAGUUGGAAGCCUAAAAGAUAAUUAUGGGACCAGGUAGCUUAUUUCAGA